GAGAGCCAGGAGUCAGAGGCCGUGCAGUGCACUCCCGUGGCCAAGAGACUGUGGGAUGGGGGACAGAAGGACGCAGGUGGAGCCAAUAGAAAGGUGCCACGUUUUUCCCAAGGAGCGGCUACUGGACCUGGUGGGCCAUCAGGGGCAGCAGCAAAUGCUGCAAUAGGUUCAGAGAGAACCAGCCCAGGAACAUCCAGUGCAUACACAAGUGACAGCCCAGGGUCUUACCACAAUGAAGAGGAUGAAGAAGAAGAAGUUGGAGAGGAUGGAACAGAAGAACAGUACCGACAAAUCUGCAACAUGUAUACAAUGUACAGCAUGAUGAACGUCAACCAGGCCGCUGAGAAGGUGGAGGCUCUGCCCGAUCCUGUAUUCUCAGACUCGAGGAAUCGUGUUCGUGUCAAGCAGGACCUGGCCACACUACCAGCUGAACUCAUCAGCCAGAUUGGGAACCGUUGUCACCCUAAACUCUAUGAAGAAGGAGAUCCCGCUGAGAAGAUAGAACUCGUGACAGGAACCAACGUGUUUAUCACCCGCGCCCAGCUGAUGAAUUGUCAUAUCAGCGCCGGAACACGCCACAAGGUUCUGCUUCGCCGGUUACUGGCCUCCUUCUUUGACAGGAACACUUUAGCAAACAGUUGUGGAACAGGAAUCCGCUCGUCUACCAAUGACCCCAGCAGAAAGCCCUUGGAUAGCCGAGUGUUGCACGCAGUGAAGUUUUACUGCCAGAAUUUUGCCCCAAAUUUUAAGGAGAGCGAGAUGAACGCCAUUGCAGCGGAUAUGUGCACAAACGCCCGGCGCGUGGUGCGCAAGAGCUGGAUCCCAAAGCUGAAACUGCUGAUGGCCGAAGGUGACGCGUACACGUCUUUCAUCAAUGACACCGGUAAAAUGGAGCCGGACCUGAUGGGAGCGGCCACCGGCGGAGAUCACGGCACCGGCUUCGAUGGCGAGCCAGGCGAGGGGAUGCCCUGA